AAGCUUCACAUCAAGCAUCUCCACUCAUACGCGAAACUAACAUGGACCCAGUAUCAGCUGUCGCGGCUGUGGCAGGUGCAGCAGGCGCAGUGGCCGUGGCCCCUGCCGCCCUGGCAGCUGCAGGCUUCACCUCAGCCGGGAUAGCAGCAGGCUCAUAUGCUGCCAGCAUGAUGUCCUCCGCUGCUAUUGCCAAUGGAGGAGGAGUGGCAGCAGGGAGUGUGGUCGCUGUCUUGCAAUCAGCAGGUGCAGCAGGUCUGUCAGCGACGGCCAGCGCAGCGGCUGCAGGUGUUGGAGCAACAGUGGGAUGGCUGGCCUCUUUCUUCUGAGACCAAGCGAUGAGACAGAUGUGCACCAUGUAUACAUUAUAGCAAAUGAAGGGGAUUGUUUCAAGUGUUUGUUACUGAUUUACUAAAGGAGCAAGUUUGUUACAUUUUGUCAAAUGAAGGAGUUGAUUCUACAGAAGAAUUGUGAUACCAUGUGUGAUGAAUUUAUCACUUAAAUUAACACAUUCACCUCAGCUUAAUCUGUGGGCUGUUAAAAUGGCAUUUUUGUUUUGGGGAA